ACGCGUUAGUAGCUGCUUGGUAUUGUGUUUGGAAGAAGUCUCUCUGCAUUACACGGAGACAUUUUAUUUGAAGCAACAAUGACUUCAGCUCAGCGUCUGAGAGAGUUAAUCAACGAGCGACUAACUGCUGCUGCUGAAGAAAUAUUCCGAGAUUUUCAAACAACUAUCUCAGAGUACGAAGAAGAGAUCAACCGUCAGCGCAGACUGCUGGAUAUCGUUUGGAAACCUGAAAUAAAGUUACACAGAACAGAGCUCCCACAGCAACAUGUCUAUGAGGAGGAGGAGGUUCUCACUGACCAGCAGCUCUGUGACCAGGAGAGGAACUAUAGUCUGGACCAAGAGGAACCAGAGCCUCCACAGACUCAAGAGGAACAAGAGGAACCAGAGCCUCCACAGAUUCCAGAGGAACAAGAGGAACCAGAGCCUCUACAGAUUAAAGAGGAACCGGAGGAGCUCUGCACCAGUCUUGAGGGAGAACAGCUGGUACUGAAACAGGAGACAGAAACUUUGAUGUGCACUCCUACUUGUGAGGAAAGUGAAGAUCAGACUUUGGACUUGAGUCCUGAUGAAACUCAUAUUGAAGCAGAGAAAGAGCAUGUUGUCAGUGUGUCAGUACAAACAGUUAAAAGCUCUGUGAAACCUGAACCAGACGGUGACGAGCAGCUCCUCUCUCAUAACUCUCAUGUAGCUGAGAGCCAAGAUCACAAAGGAGGCAAACGUAGACACUCAGGAUCAACUAAAAAAACAAAAACAAAACCACAGAAGAGACAUCACAGUAGAGAAAAACGUAAGAAGGAAGAUAAGUCUACCACUUCAAAGAUUCACACUAAUACUUUGACAGGGAAACAGCCUUUUAAAUGUGACACUUGUGGGAAAUGUUUUGCGUUCAAGUCCAAGUUGAACAGACAUCUGAGAGUCCAUACAGGUGAGAAGCCGUACCCAUGUGACACUUGUGGGAAAUGUUUUGCGUUCAAGUCCAAGUUGUACAGACAUCAGAGAGUCCAUACAGGUGAGAAGCCGUACCCAUGUGACACUUGUGGGAAAUUGUUUGCGUUCAAGUCCAAGUUGUACAGACAUCAGAGAGUCCAUACAGGUGAGAAGCCCUACCCAUGUGACACUUGUGGGAAAUUUUUUGCAUUCAAGUGCAAGUUGUACAGACAUCAGACAGUCCAUACAGGUGAGAAGCCGUACCCAUGUGACUCUUGUGGGAAAAGUUUCACUCGGAUGAGCACGUUAAAAGGACACAUGAGAAUCCACACAGGUGAGAAGUAGUACAAUUGGAAAAACUUGUGGGAGAGAGUUCAGAUAUACUCACCAAUUGAAAAUUCACAUGAGAACACACAUGAAAAAAGGUUCUGUGUGAUGCCAGAAAAGGAUUCAGCUGUGAAUAUGGAUAAAACACAAUAACACAUAAUGGCAGCACGUGUCAACAAAACCAAUCCAUAAACAGGACAAUCGAGCUGAAACUCCUUUAGACAAGUGUUCACCAACAUCUUUGUGAAUGAAUGUAAAAUAUUCUACAUGAAGAGGAGAUCAGAAUGUCUUCAUGUAAUGUUAUACAUCGUCAACAACACUAUCAUGUUUUGUUUUUCAUGGUUUUUUGUUCUUUACAUUACAUUACUCAUACUGUUAGAAACAGCAUUUGUCUGAAAGAAUUGUAAUCUCCCAAAUAUUGGAAAUAUCUUUCUUUCACAAUGAUGCACUGUACUAGCUGUUAAAGUAAAGGUGCCCAAUGUUGUGGCCCUAGUAGACAAGAGUCUGUAUAUAUGAAGUUUUUUAUUAGAAUUUAUAGAAUUAUAGUUCCAAGUUCAACAAGGAUUUAAAAUUCACAUACUUUCUACUCAUACUUCAUAUUUAUAAAUGAAGACUCCUAUUUUUUUUUUUAAAGAAGUCAAUGUUUAUAUCCAGGAAUGACUUAUAAAAACUUUUAUGUUACUGUAUAAUGUUGUGGUGUAAAUAGUUGACUUUUUUUUCUCUAUACAAUAUAUGUGAGUGGAUUGAAACAGAGAAAAACCUCCAGAGGUUUUGUCUCACUUAAUUUUCAUAUGUCAAACAUAAGUCAUUUUGUUUACUGUGUUUAAUAUUUUGUUUGCAUUUUGUGAUCAGUUUACAUUGAGACAAAGUUCAAAUAGAAAUGU